GGCGCAACCCUCACCGAGAGAUACAGAGGCUGGGUCGACGAUCUCCAGCUUGCCAAGGUCAAUCUAGCCUCCAGGCGGCCGAAAGAGCAAUAAUUGUGUUUCAUCCAUGUCUAACGCUGUUCAACAGCGAGAAAAAAAAAGCAAAACGAAGUUGUAGAACGAUCGUUUCUGAUGCAUGAAGUUGAUGGCGCUUGGCAACAUUUUUGAGCCGCCACGUGCGGAGGUCUUAAAGGUGGUCGCUGCCUGAAUCCGUCGCUUUCUUUCCGUCUCUUUGUCGUUGCCCGUUCCGAGGGGCGAGGGUGUUCUUAGCUGUUUGUGCGAGUCGAUCUCGUCUAGUCACUCUUUACAAGGAUACCUUAGCUUCCUCCUUCCAUUCCUUUCGAAUUUGUGCCUGCACCCGAUGGCAGGCACUUCUCAAGCACCCUACUUCCAGGGUGAUUCUCAGUCCACCACCAACCUUCUUUCUCCUGGUCCCUCCAACCCUAGAGGGCCUCCGUCUAUACGAAGUGUUGCCAGCUCUGCUUCCUUUCAAAGUGAUUCCCACUAUGCUUCAUCUUUAGGCGAUCCUCGGGGUAAAGGGCCUCUCCCUCCCUCUAUUUCAGACAAGGUGAGCGUCUUCCCUGCUGUACCCUUCUUAGCUGUUCGCAAUGUCUCCCGAUCCUUCUGCAUGGGGUGGUGCGUUAUCAAUGGACGUACGUGAAGCAGAUGACCACCUCCACACUCCCGAUCCCAGACGGGACAGGAAGAUCGAUCAAGGUGGUACCAUCUUUACUUGUCGUGGUAUCGCCAAUCUUGGCUGUCUGCUGUUUCUCGGCCUUGGAAUGGCGACACUUUUUGCCGCUUGGCCUUUGGUAACGCAUUUUACGAAGAAGCCAAUCUCGAACAAUGGUGGCUUCAACCUUGGAGGUACCAAUGCCACUGGUCAAGUCCCGUCUAUGGCCGGCAACUGGGGUCUUAUAGAUUUAGAAACACCCAAGGAAGCUUACACAAAGCUCGACUAUCAUACUGGAAAGGACUGGCAACUCAUCUUCAGUGACGAGUUCAACGUUGAGGGUCGCUCUUUCUAUCCUGGCGACGACCCAUAUUGGGAGGCUGUCGACUUGCACUAUUGGCAGACAAACAAUAUGGAGUGGUACGAUCCAGCCGCCAUUACAACUAGGAACGGCUCAUUGGAGAUUACUUUGUCUGCGACACCCAAUCAUGGAAUGAACUAUACCGGUGGAAUGAUGUCAACUUGGAACAAGUUCUGCUUCACGGGCGGUCUGAUCGAGACGUCGGUCGUUUUGCCUGGCGCUAACAAUAUCGUCGGUCUUUGGCCUGCUAUCUGGACUAUGGGAAAUUUGGGUCGUGCAGGAUUUGGUGCAAGUCUGGAGGGCAUGUGGCCUUACACAUACGACUCAUGCGAUGUUGGGACAGUUGCCAACCAAACUCUUAAUGGACUUCCGCUUGCUGCUAUUGAGAAAGGAGACGAAGCAGAAGGCGGUGUUCUGUCUUUCCUCCCUGGACAACGACUUUCUCGCUGCACCUGUCCUGGAGAGUCGCAUCCCGGCCCCAUACACUCUGAUGGCACUUAUGUCGGACGUUCUGCCCCCGAAAUUGAUAUUUUCGAAGCACAGAUCACCGGAGACCCACUAUCGGGUCAAGUGUCUCAAUCUUGCCAAUUCGGACCUUUCAAUGCCGAAUAUAAAUGGCUCAACACAACAGACAACCUCGUCAUCCCGAAUACGACGCUUAGCUUCCUUAACCCCUACCGGGGUGGUGCCUUCCAGCAGGCUACUUCAGUUGUGACAGAAACGAACCAAGAGGCAUAUGAAGAUACAGGAAAUGUGUACUCAAUUUACGGUUUUCAGUAUAAGCCAGGAUUUGAGGACGCUUAUAUCUCAUGGAUCUCCGACGGUCAACUUGUUUGGACGCUCAUGCAGUCUGGUAUGGCAGCCGAUACUCAAGCUGAGAUUGGCCCUCGUCCUAUCCCCCAAGAGCCCAUGUAUAUCAUUGCCAACCUUGGAAUGUCAAGAAACUUUGGUUUCGUCGAUCUUGAACACCUGCAUUUCCCUGCGAUCAUGAAGGUUGACUGGGUUCGUGUAUACCAAGAUCCAGACAACAUGAACAUUGGCUGCGAUCCUCCAGAUUUCCCUACGGCUACGUACAUUCAGGAAUACCUUGAUUCGUAUACGAACCCCAAUCUCACUACGUGGCGGGACGAUUAUGGCCAACCAUUCCCGAAGAACUCAUUCCUUGGUCAAUGCUGAGCUGAAACGUGCAUCUACUAGGUCUUCUUGCUUACAUCAUUUCAUUUCGUUCAAUUCUUCACAUACCCUAGAACGCAUUCGUCCAUACCCGCGCACAUCAUCAUGCAAGGUUUUGUUGGGACACUCACACAUUUCAUCAUCAUCUGCUAACAUACAAUCGCAUUCAACGGUCGUACUCAUUCACGUGUUUGGAGUCAUUGACGGGACCAGGAUAUACUACUGCUUUACAUUUGUUAAAGGAAUUUCUAAUAUCAUGCAUUUGUCGUAUCGAGGUGUGCUUUCCAUGCGGCAAUUGCAUAUAGCAAGU